AUUGUUAGAUACUCUAUGCUGAAUAAUGCCGGGUAAUCUUCCAGAAAUAUUGCACAAUUCUCAUCUAACCUAUAAAAAAAAAUAAAGUGUUAAUAUCUAUAAUACAUAAAUUUGUAUAUUUUAUAAGAAUACAAUAAUGUAUAAACGCGCAGCAACGGGCAGUGCCAUGAUAUUGGCAAGAAAUUUAAGAUUUAUUAAGGAUCAUCCAUUUAUAAAUGUAGGAAAUAAAAUGUUUGGUUCAGCGACUCAGAAUUCUCGUCACAGACCGCUUACCCCGCUAAAUACUGUCAUAAUGUUUGUUCCCCAACAGCAGGCAUGGAUUGUAGAAAGAAUGGGCAAAUUUUAUAAAAUUUUGGAACCAGGUUUAAAUAUUCUACUUCCUGUCAUUGAUAGAGUAAAAUAUGUUCAAAUACUAAAAGAAUUAGCAAUAGAUGUACCACAGCAAAGCGCAGUUACAUCAGACAACGUGACUUUAAAUAUUGAUGCAGUAUUGUACUUAAGAGUGACCGAUCCUUAUCUAGCAUCUUAUGGUGUUGAGGAUGCUGAAUUUGCUGUUAUUCAAGUAGCCCAAACCACUAUGAGAUCUGAACUAGGAAAGAUAUCUUUGGAUAAAGUAUUUAGAGAAAGAGAAGGAUUAAAUGUUUCCAUUGUUGAAAGUAUCAACAAAGCUAGCAGUGCAUGGGGAAUAACAUGUUUACGAUAUGAGAUACGUGAUAUAAAAUUACCAACAAGGGUACAUGAAGCAAUGCAAAUGCAGGUAGAGGCUGAAAGAAAAAAACGUGCUGCUAUAUUAGAAUCUGAAGGUGUAAGAGAAGCUGCGAUAAAUGUAGCUGAAGGCAAACGGCUUGCACGAAUUUUAGCUUCAGAAGCGGCAAGGCAGGAGCAAAUAAAUCAAGCUGCUGGAGAAGCCGCUGCAGUAGUGGCAGUAGCAGAGGCACGAGCAAAGGGAUUACAAGUAGUUGCAGGUGCUCUCAGUAUAACGGACGCGAAAAACGCGGCAGCGCUUAGCGUUGCAGAACAAUACGUCAACGCGUUCAACAAAUUAGCAAAAGUUAACAACACAAUGAUAUUACCAAGCAAUGUAGGAGAUGUUUCGUCUUUGGUGGCACAGGCUAUGGCAAUCUAUAAACAAGUGAUGCCUGAACACAAUACCAACAAUGAGCAAAUAAAGCAAGUAAUAGGUGAGCAAUCAAAUGCUCCAGUUCAAAUGGCAGAAUCUGAUGAAACGUUUGAGUAUUACAGUGAUAAGGAAGAAGCUGAAAAACACAGGAAGACAAAAAAACAAAAACCCCGAUUAUAAAUAUUUAUAUGUCAUAGAAAUAUAUAUAUUUUCAUAUUUCUCGCAUGUCGUUUAGUUAAGUUUCAAGAUGUAAAUAUCAUGAUAUACUAUUAUAAACCAUUUGCAUUAAG